AUGGAUGACAUGUGCCGAAAGUGUAUGAUCAUGUGGAACCAGGAAACAGUCAGAGAACGGCACAGUGACACCGCCUAGGCCUCGUGACCUGACCCGAAUCCCGCGCCAUGCCGGGGACCACCGCCGAGUACGCGCGCCUGCCGGUGACUGAGACGGCGGAGCUGACCUCGGACGAGGAGGAUGACCUGUACACACGGCCGCCCCGCCGGCAGCGCGGCCGCGCCGGCCGGCCGGCCAAACCCAGUCUGCAGGCCACACCCAGCGCCUUCCGAGAGGCGGCCACGCGGCCGGUGAAGCGGUACCAGCUGCUGGACGAGGAGGACGCGCUGGGAGCGCUGCAGGCGGGAACACCGGACGUACGGGUCCGUUCGGCGCUCUCCGUCUCAAAAAAGGCCUGCCUCGCCCUCACCUGCCUGCUUGUACUAACUGCCUGCAGCGUGGCCGUGUGGUUCGUGCCGUGCCGGUGGUACGGCUGCCGGAGCUCAGUUCUGCCGCUCCAGCAGUCCUCCGUACACCGCGACUACGAGACCAUGUUCCCGGGCAUCGUGGUGACCACGCGGCUGGAAGUGGCGCCGGCGGUGUACGUCGACUCUGCCGACCUGGUGUUUGGCUACAGGACCCAAGACUCGGAGGCCGGUGGCGUGAUGGUGGUCGAGAGCUCGGGCGCCGCCAAACUGUGGCGGCAGGAGCUGUACGAGGCGCCGACCGACCUGCAGUGUGGCGGCGUGGACCUCAACGGCAACGGCAUCUUCGAGUGCCUGGCGACGGGCCCUUCCCGCAUGAUGGCGCUCAUCAACAUGGACAGGCGCGAGGUGGAGUGGUACCUGCACGCCCACAACUCGUCCGAGCAGCCGCUGUCGCUGCUGGCGCCGCUGCUGCUGACCGACCUGACCUCGGACGUCAGCUGA